GGACCUCAGAUAAUUGCUCACAAGACGUUGAUGAAUGCUAUUGGGAUUUGUACACGUGUCCAGGCUACUCGCGUUGCAGAAACACACCCGGCGACUAUGAUUGUGAUUGUGACAAAUCUUACGGACUUGAAAAUGAUGAUCACAGGACGUGCAAACGUCCAGGUGAGUCUGUGUGUUUACAGAACUUUCUUUUAAUAUGUUUUGUUGAGUCGUGAUACGCAAUUUUCUAAUUUUAUGAUAUAAUUAAGCAACUCAUAAAAAGAUUUUUCGUAUAAAUUAUUUUUUAAAAUGUAACAUCAAGCAGUGGGAGAUGGGGCUGAAAAUGUAACAAAACAUGCAUACAAGUAACGCAAUUUAUAAGAAUCCCAAUUAGUACCCCCCCUCCCCCCCCCCGCUCUAGCCUGGAAACCACACUUUUUUCACGACCCUGAUUAUAAAUUAUUUUUUAAAAUGAAACAUCAAGCAGUGGGAGAUGGGGCUGAAAAUGUAACAAAACAUGCAUACAAGUAACGCAAUUUAUAAGAAACCCAAUUAGUACCCCCCCCCCCCCCCCCCGCUCUAGCCUGGAAACCACACUUUUUUCACGACCCUGAUAUUAAAGAAAAAAAAGAAUCUAAUUUAGCGGAGUUAUCGGGAAUUUUAUUUUAUCUUCCUCAUAAAAAAAGGAAAAACUGAUUUUUUGGGGUUGGGGAUGGACUAAAAAUUUGAUAGAAUGUGUUGUCAUCGGUAACGAGUCUAUGUGCUAAGUUUCAGCUCAAUAGGUUUCCGGGAAGUGGGUUAAUUAGCCGUCCGAAGAUUUUGCUAGUCAGCCAACCAAUCCACUACCCAGUCUGCCAGCCGUUAAUAUGCGGUAAGGGGUGUAAAAGGGACAAUAGUACUUUAAUAGAUUUUGAUUAACGAAUAUCCUCAUCAAGAAUUUGACAUUGCUUUUACAAAUAGCAAUACAUUGAAACAAAGUUGACUUGCUAAUUAAAUAUUGAUGCAUUAUACAUUAAAGAAAGAAUCCUUUAAACUUUAUAACGUUUAUUCUCAUCUCUCAACUUGUCGAUCACUCAAGUCACCUUAAGGUUUUGGGUCUAAGGGUGAAAAGAUGGAGUUUGAUGUCAAUACAUGGAUGGUAAUUUCUGUUGCAUUUGGAGUAUAUGAUAGACUGGAACUUUCCACACAAAAAAAUGGCGCUCUAUUCUGAAAUGCCUCUGAAAAUCUCCUGGCUGCUUUCCUUUGAAGUAAUGCGCCUAUGUGUACCAAAAAACAAAACAAAAAACUCCAAAAAAAGUUAAGAGUUAUUUUUGUAUUUGUAAGCUCCAUUGAAUUAUUACGGAUUGAUUGCCAAUUCUUUCAGUUAGACUACCAAGAGUUCUUUAAAGCGUUUCUUCUAACCUUCUUAGCACCACUUCCUGUUAUGAAUUUUUGCACACAAGAUGAGCCGCAACAUUGUGAUGAAGAUGUUUUCCGGACUUGAAUAAAUGAGAAAAUCUCUGUCUGUACAAUAUCACUGUACUUCGAUGUGUGUUUUUUUUUAUUUUUAAGUCUCAUGGUAUGAAAGUUGUUCAGUUAUUUGGCUAGGUGUUGACCACAGUUUAUAGGUGCUAAUAGGCUGACCACAGUUUAUAGGUGCUAAUAGGCUGACCACAGUUUAUAGGUGCUAAUAGGCUUACCACAGUUUACAGGCGUUGAGAUGCAUUGGCGGAUAAACUGAAUUGUAGACUUUCAUUUUCUUGAAUUUGCUGAUGCCUCGCCAAAUCAGUAUGUUCUUUAAAUUAAAUGUUUUCAAAGGGUUGCGCUGGCUUUGGCAGCACAUGUAUUGACCUCUUUCUGAGUUUAUGUGCUUUUUCAAAAAGUUUGGGUUCGGUGCCAUGAUGUCAUUUGUUUCUGGAAAUAUUUCAUACCUAUAGGCAUCCGUACUGUCUGAAUUUCCAUUGUGACAGUUUCAAAAGCAUUUGGCAAGUCAGGUCCACGUAUGUGAAGAAGAUGUCAACGUUUUAUGACCAAAAAAGAAUUUUCCUUAAUUUAAAAAAAAAAAAAAAUGAGUUUACUAUUUUAUUUGUGUUUUUGUUUUUAAUGUUUUACUUUCUUGGGGGGGGGGGAGUUAAAGGCCAUUUACUUGCUUCGAGGGACAGUGGCCCUCAAAGAGAUGCUUGAAAGAAAUACUGAAUGGUUCCGGUAUGGAAAAAAAAACCACGAAACAAAAUACAUCCUCUUUUUCGCGACACUUGAGUUAAAAUGAAUGAUUGGACUAAUGCGUGUUGGUAAAACAAUACACAAAAUGAAGAACCAAAAACGAAUCACCAAGGUUUUCAACAAGCUUUGUUCCCUUUCUUGGCUACCCGGUAUUUUUUGCGUUCGUGGCCCGGUAGUGUUACGAGAUGCUGGUUAUGCAUUGACAAUCUACAGAAGUUCUCAACAACUCUACUCAUUACCAGCUACAACAAACAAAAAAUUUUCCCUUGUAUCUUCUUUUAAAAUUUUGACAUCAUUAUCACAAAUAUUGUCAGCCACUAUAGGCAUCCAAACGCGAUCAACACUCUCCACCAAGCUACACAAAAUAUUUUUUUUUUAAAAUAAGCUUUUCACCUCUGACCUUUUAUGUAAGACAAAAAUCAAAAGAAAGUCUAAAAUAAACUAAAUGAUGUAUGUGAUGUCUGUGAAAUUGUGUUGUUAUGACACCUUUCAGUAUGUAGGGAAAAAGUACUGAAUAUAUCAUAGAUUAUCGUAAUAAGAUUAACAAAAAUUAAAUAUUUAAAUUAUUUGUUUAUAUUUAUAUUGUUUUCCCCCCCACACAGAAUGUAACCAAACACUAACCAAUUCAUCCGGAAUAAUUAGCAGCCCUUACUACCCCAGAACAUACUAUUAUCAAGCAAACUGUACCUGGUUGAUUUCUGUAGAGGAAGGAAAUGUUAUCUCUCUCAGGUGAAAGUUUUUUAAUUAAUUACAUUUCAAGGUAUUUCUUUUAUUUACGAAGGAGAUCCGUUAGUAGACAGGACACGCGUUUUGUUCAUUAUGCGACGAUCUAAAUAUGCACAAAUUGCGUAUGUUGAAGCUCAGUCGGUCGAUUCAGUCUUCCUCGUGCUGACCUGUAAGCUCACAUCUGAGUUUACGACACAGCAUUACAGCUCCAGGUUUCUGGUUGCGGGAGGAGCGUUGUGGUUUUCAAUGAUGGGGAAUUUUUAAAAAAAAGAUGAUAAAAAAAACCGCAAUCCAACACAUUCGCUUUCAAUAACCAUCGGUACUAGCUGUAGGAUUUUGGAAUGGAUUGGAGAAGAGCAUUUCGGCAAUUAGACUCAGUUCAGUAGAAAAUACAGUUGCUGAUUUUUCCUUUUUUUAUUUUAUGCCCGGGUAAAGAGCUGUAACAAUACCUGGGAUUUUUGUAAGCAUUGAUUGUUUUAAAAAGUUCUUCUUUAUAAUUAUAAAUAAUUUACAUAGUGAAAUUUUCAUAAUAAAUGUAAAAAGUAGAAAAUGAAAAAAUUAUGUAAAAAAAAAAAAUAAUAAUAAUAAAAUAAAAAAAUUAAACACUUUAAAUUAGAAUAAUGAGAUACUUUCUUUUGAAAUUUUAAGCGCACUAAAAGUAAAAGAUAAUACGUUACCCAAAUAAAGUAUGUGGAGAAAAUAUUUUUUAUAGAUAGAAGAAAACAAUAAUUUAAAAAAAAAGUUUCUUCUACGAUUAAUACUAUUACUAGGAAUUUUUAGGCUUCAUGUAGAGCCUUUUUGCCUUUCUGAUCAUUUUAAUGUAAAGCAAUAAAACUAUUAAUAUAAUCUUUCAAUUGUGAGUUUUGCUACAACUGUUCGUAAAUGUAGCGUUCGUGAAUAGCGAACUUCAAGCAAAUAAAUAGUUGCUAACCUACUAGAAAAAAAAAUGCUUUGAUUAAAAGUUAUUAAAACUGAAGGUCUGGUGUUUUGUUUGAUUUGAGGAAAUGUAAAUUAAAUUCACCUAAUCAUUUUUUUUAAAACUGUACUUUUUAAAAUUUCAGGUUUGAUGAGUUUAAUACUGGUCCAUUUUUGUAUGAUUACGUCAUGUUUUACAAUGGUAGAAAUACACUUGCAAAAAUUAUUGGCCGGUACAGUGGCACUCUUGAGGCAGUACCUCAUAUUAUACGAUCUGAUGGCAACACAAUGUUUAUCAACUUCAUCUCAGAUGCUUUGAAAUAUUCCAAUGAAUUGGGUUUCAAUGCUACUUACUUCUCACAUUGUAAGUGGACACAAACGUAACUGUAAGAGAAGUUGCUAAAUUCACUAAUAAGAUUUUAACAAAAAUAUAUACUAAAUUCUUGGAGGCACUGGUAAACCCUAAUUAUCACUUUUUUUUAUAUUUUUUUUUUUAUACUUUAAGUGAACAAAAAUAUAAGGUUAACAAAAAAUAAAUAAUCAUUUUAAAUAUAAAUUUGUUCGUUUUUGGAUGACGCAAACAAUUUUUAUGUUUCUCCAAUAUGCUAAAUUGCUGGCUGGCUAUUCCAACAGAGUUUAUUAUGUAACGCAAUGUGGUUUGUCUUUGUAAAGCUCAAUUAUUCUUGUGCAGGGUUACAGAGGGGAUUAUUUAGUGCUGGAGCAAGAAUAGAAAAGGGCCUACUCACCUACAUAUGGACACAUAAAUUAACAUGUCAUAAUUUAUUAAUUACAUUCAAAUGUUCUUGCAAAUUUAUUAAAAAGAGGACAUGUAUUUCUGAAAAAAAUAAUAAAAACAAGAAUACACUUUAGUAUAUAAUCGCAUAAGAAACAGUAUACAUAAGCAAUGAAUUUAAACCAGACUGAUUACAAGCUCAUUACAGUUAUUGUUAUAAUAUUUGAGAUGCAAUGUAUUUUAGAUAUGCCGCCGGGAGAACAAUCGAUACACAUCUGCACUAUUUCCCAUCACUGUGGACUAAAACUAAACGAUUUAUAAACAAAUUGCACAGUUCCAAAGUUAUGGCUUCUAAAUGAAUUUUGCGACAUCAGUUCCACACAAAUUAAGUGUGUGGUAUCCACAUAGUGAAAAUAAAAAGCUGAUUGACAUUGUUCAAGUAUUCUUGUUUAAGCAACGUUAUAAUUUCCUGCCAGCCACGUCGAUUCCCUUGUCAUAUGCCCUUGCAGACAAUCUGACAGUGGAAUGUCGGGUUCUUUCAUGUGUUUCUAAUAUCAACUGUGCUGUGUCAUAUCCUGCUUUAAACUUGUUUCGACAAACAAAAAUCUGUAUACACUUUCAUACUGGUUUUUAUAAGGUAUUACAUAUAGAAAUGUUGUUUGUUCAACAUGGAAUGAAUCUACUGUGGAAUCCACAAUGACAACAAAGUACUCGUUUUUGGAAUCGAUACUGAGAUAAUGUACUUGAAUUCGUUAUUCCUUUUCUUGUGACACUUUAACUUGCAACUCAAUUUUAUUUUAGAUUGGAUCCCAAUCAGACAACAACUCCAUGCCUCCCAGAAAAUUUCCAUUGUGUUUUCCCCCAUUGAGCCGGGAACUGUCAUGCAAAGCAAGCCCCGUUUACCAAGGAAUAGUACUACAUCAAUUAUUCGUUUCAUAAUGUUGUACGACUUGGCAGAUUCUGUUUCACAUGUCUCCAAAAGACUUUAAUUGCCUUUGUUAGAUGACAGGCUUCAUUCUAGUUUUCACCAAGCCAGAUAACAUGGCCUUUGAAUGUUACUUCUCUCAUAGUCAGUGAUGCUUAUGCAUAAUGUUCGCGACUUUUUAGCUGCUAACCAUCCUUCUGUGGAUGCAAGCAUAGGCUUAGGUGCAGAGCUAAUGCUACAACGGAUCAUGUUUUAAAUAAUCAACCAGGAAAGGGAAAUAAUUCAGACCACACUUGAAAUGUUAGAAUAAUUGUGGAAAAAAACAGAUUAUCUAUAUCUUUGGGAAAUUCUUUUAGAAAAGCCAGUAUGAUCUUAGUUAUCUUGAAGUCAAACAAGGCUGCAAGGCGAUUUUCCUAUACACACAGUGUAUUGAGUACAAAGUAUUUAUCCAAUAUUGUUUUUCUUUUCAAAAUUUGGCUUUGUAAUAAAGAAAUUAAAAUGUUCCCUUCAUAGGCUUCUGUGAAGCUCCGAGGGUACCUAAAAAAUGUACCAGCUGAACCCUCAGUCCCUAGGCCUGUUCUUGUGUAUAAAAAAAUUCGCAGUGGGUGGAAUUGUGUGUUCCCAAUAAAUAUUGCUAUUCAGAGUGUAGGUUUUUGGCGCUGAGCAAUAAUUUAUAGCAGGUUAAUCAUAAAAAUGAGCAAAUGGCAAGACUAUACAUAAAAUAAAUAUUAAAAAAGCAGAGUUCCUAUAAAAAAAAAGAUACGAUAAUUUUAUUGAUGCAAAUAAAUGUAAAUGUGUUUUUUGUUUUUUCCAUUCUUCGUACAUAUUAUUUUCAGAUCCUCGUUUGAUUUUUUUUGUUGUUCCUUAAAAUUAGUCUGAAAUGACUGUAUGCAAUCCCCAUUAAAUGUAUUUUAUGCGUUUGUGAAUUUCACUGACAUUUAUCACACUUGUGGGCCAACAACUCUUAACUGAACAAUUUGAAGAAAAAAAAUUACAGCAUAAUGUUUACCCACUCUUUCAAUUUUCUAAUAAAUCUGUACAAAGCAGAAGAAUCAAAGACAAUCUAUCAGUCGUUUCCAUAUUUAAAAUUUUAUAACAUACAAUCUCCCUUUACCCUUUUAUCUUAAUCCAUUUUCUCAGCUUGUCGAGACUCCAUGUUUGGUGAUACCUGCUCAGAAUAUUGCCACUGUAACAGUAAAAAUACUCAGUACUGCGACAACAUCAAAGGGGAGUGUGUGUGUAAACUAGGAUGGAAGGGGAACACGUGUUUUGAUGACGUCAAUGAAUGUUUAGGCACCAACAACGCACUCUGCCCCAUGAACUCUGACUGCCAUAAUACGGAUGGAGGUUAUGAGUGUAGAUGU